GGCCUUGACCCAGGAUGGCUGAGCCCCGCCAGGAGUUCACCAUGAUGGAAGAUCAUGCUGGGGCGUACGGGAUGGGGGAGAGGAAAGAUCUCCCCUCUCAGGGGGGCUACACCCUACUGCAAGACCACGAAGGGGACGUGGACCAUGGCCUGAAAGAAUCUCCCCUGCAGACCCCCGCUGAUGAUGGAUCUGAGGAACCGGGCUCUGAAACCUCUGAUGCUAAGAGCACGCCGACCGCCGAAGACGUGACAGCGCCCUUAGUGGAUGAGGGAGCCCCUGGCGAGCAGGCAGCCGCUCAGCCCCACACGGAGAUCCCAGAAGGAGCCACAGCUGAGGAAGCAGGCAUUGGAGACACCCCCAACCUGGAAGACCAAGCUGCUGGACACGUGACUCAAGGUCAUCUCCAGAUGGAACCUGGGAGUGUCAGGGCUGUCCAGGAGAGCCUACUCGGGGAGCCAGGGCACCAUCGAGGUGAGGCCACCGACCCGGGCACCCUGGGUCUGAUAGGCCAGCAUGGGUCCUACACGCCGGGGGCUCCCGUCGAGGCUGACGGCCCCAGGGAGGCCACACGCCAGCCUGCGGGGACAGAACCUGAGGACACAGAGGGCAGUCGCCAUGGCUUGGAGACACUGGAGCACCAGCUUUUGGGAGACCUGCGCCAGGACUGGCCACCUCUGAAGGGGGACCGUGGCAAAGAGAGGCGGGGGAGCAAGGAAGUCGAUGAAGACCGCGAUGUGGACGAGUCCUUGCCUCAGGACUCCCCUCCCUCCCAGAGCUCCCCCACCCGAGGCGGGCCACCCCCCCCAGCAGUUUCCAGAGGAACCACCGGCUUCCCCAGUUUCCCAGCUGAGGGUGCCAUCCGCCUCCCUGUCGAUUUCCUCUCCAACGUCUCCACAGAGAUUGAGGCCUCACAGCCCCACGGGCCCAACUCAGGGCCCUCGGUGGAAGGGCAGGACAUGCCCCCCGAGUUCACCUUCCACGUGGAAAUCAAAGCCAACGUGCAGAAGGAACAGGGACAUUCAGAGCGGGAUUUGGAAGGGGCUGCCCUCCCAGGGCCCCCUGGAGAGGAGCGAGAGUCCCAGGGCCCUUCUGAGGGAGAGGACACAAAAAAGACUGACCUUCCAGAACCUUCUGAAAAGCAGCCUGCCGCUGUUCUGCCAGGGAAGCCUGUCAGCCGGGUCCCUCAACUCAAAGCUCGCAUGGUCAGUAAAGGCAAAGAUGGGACUGGACCCGAGGACAAAAAAGCCAAGACAUCCACACCUUCCUCUGCUAAAACCCUGAAAACUAGGCCUUGCCUUAGCCCCAAACGCCCCACUCCUGGUAGCUCAGACCCUUUGAUCAAACCCUCCAGCCCUGCCGUGUGCCCAGAGUCAUCUUCCUCUCCUAAACACGUCUCUUCUGUCACACCCCGAACUGGCAGUUCUGGAGCAAAGGAAAUGAAAGUCAAGGGGGCGGAUGGUAGAACCGGAACGAAGAUCGCCACACCCCGGGGAGCAGCCCCUCCAGGCCAGAAAGGCCAGGCCAAUGCCACCAGGAUUCCAGCGAAAACCACGCCCUCCCCAAAGACCCCGCCGGGCACCGCUACCAAGCAAGUGCAGAGAAAACCACCCCCUGCGGGGGCAAAAUCCAAGCGAGGUGAACCUGGGAAAUCUGGGGACCACAGCGGCUACAGCAGCCCUGGCUCCCCGGGCACUCCUGGCAGCCGCUCCCGCACCCCGUCACUGCCAACCCCGCCCACUCGGGAGCCCAAGAAGGUGGCGGUGGUCCGCACCCCACCCAAGUCGCCGUCUUCAGCCAAGAGCCGCCUGCAGACCGCCCCCGUCCCCAUGCCAGACCUGAAGAACGUCCGAUCCAAGAUCGGCUCCACCGAAAACCUGAAGCACCAGCCAGGAGGCGGGAAGGUGCAGAUAAUUAAUAAGAAGCUGGAUCUUAGCAACGUCCAGUCCAAGUGUGGCUCAAAGGAUAAUAUCAAACACGUGCCAGGAGGCGGCAGUGUGCAAAUAGUGUACAAACCAGUGGACCUGAGCAAGGUGACCUCCAAGUGUGGCUCAUUAGGCAACAUCCAUCAUAAGCCAGGGGGUGGCCAGGUGGAAGUAAAAUCUGAGAAGCUGGACUUCAAGGACAGAGUCCAGUCGAAGAUCGGGUCCCUGGACAACAUCACCCAUGUCCCUGGUGGAGGGAAUAAAAAGAUCGAAACCCACAAGCUGACCUUCCGCGAGAAUGCCAAAGCCAAGACCGACCACGGGGCGGAGAUCGUGUACAAGUCGCCCGUGGUGUCCGGGGACACGUCUCCGCGGCACCUCAGCAACGUGUCCUCCACGGGCAGCAUCGACAUGGUAGACUCGCCCCAGCUCGCCACGCUAGCCGACGAAGUGUCCGCCUCCCUGGCCAAGCAGGGUUUGUGAUCAGGCCCCCGGGGCGGUCAAUAAUCGUGGAGAGGAGAGAGUGUGGAAAAAAAAAGAAUAAUGAUCUGGCCCUUCGCCCUCUGCCCUCCCCCAGCUGCUCCUCACAGACCGGUUCAUCGGUUAAUCACUUAACCUGCUUUUGUCGCUCGGCUCUGGCUCGGGACUUCAAAAUCAGUGACGGGGCAAAAGAGCAAAUUUCAUCUUUCCAAAUUGAUGGGUGGGCUCGUAACAAUAAAAUAUUUUUAAAACCAUUUAAAAA